AUGAAAGGAGCCACAUUGUUGUUUUCCCUUGUCUUUCUUUCGGUGUCAACGCUGUUGCAUGCUGGCACUGUUACGUAUGAUCACCGUGCCAUCUCCGUAGACGGCAAGCGGAGGAUUCUGAUCUCGGGUUCCAUUCAUUAUCCUCGAAGCACUCCUCAAAUGUGGCCUGCACUGAUUCAGAAGGCAAAAGAUGGAGGUUUGGAUGUGAUCGAGACUUAUGUUUUCUGGGAUAUUAGUGAACCUGUUCGUGGCCAGUAUGAUUUCACAGGUAGAAAAGAUCUCGUUCAGUUCCUGAAAUUGGUGAAUGCUGCUGGACUUUAUGCUGUUGUCCGCAUCGGCCCUUAUGUUUGUGCUGAGUGGAAUUAUGGGGGUUUUCCUCUUUGGUUGCAUUUUAUACCUGGAAUCGAGUUUCGAACAGACAAUCAACCAUUUAAGGCUGAGAUGCAGCGAUUUACAACCUACAUCGUGAACAUGUUGAAGCAACAGAACUUGUUCAGAUCCCAAGGAGGUCCCAUUAUAUUAUCUCAGAUUGAAAAUGAAUAUGGUAAUAGUGAUAUUGGACCAAUGUACGGUGCUCGAGCCAAACCUUAUGUUGACUGGGCAGCAGGAAUGGCUGUUGGUCUUAAUACAGGUGUUCCAUGGAUUAUGUGCCAGCAAAAAGAUGCUCCUGAUCCUUUGAUUAACACGUGCAACGGCUUCUACUGCGACCAAUUCACCCCAAAUUCGGAUAAAAAACCUAAAAUGUGGACUGAGAAUUGGACCGGAUGGUUUCUUGCAUUUGGGGGCGCUGUGCCUUUGAGGCCCGCUGAGGAUGUCGCUUUUGCUGUUGCAAGAUUUUUUCAGCUGAGCGGAUCUUUCCAGAACUAUUACAUGUAUCAUGGUGGAACUAACUUUGGCCGGACCAGUGGUGGACCAUUCAUUUCAACAAGCUAUGAUUAUGAUGCUCCACUUGACGAAUAUGGUCUUCCAAAUCGCCCCAAAUGGGGACACUUGAAAGAUUUGCAUGCAGCCAUAAAGCUUUGUGAACCAGCAAUGGUGGCUACUGAUCCAACCAUCAGUUCACUUGGGAAAAAUUUGGAGGCUGCUGUUUAUAAAACAGCCUCCGGAUUGUGUGCUGCAUUUCUUGCUAAUUUUUUCAACACUGAUGCCACUGCUAACUUCAAUGGAAAUAACUAUAGCCUGCCUGCAUGGUCUGUUAGCAUCUUGCCUGACUGUAAGAAUGUGGUGUUUAACUCUGCAAAGAUCAAUGCUAUGACAUCUAUUCCAACUUUUGUGAACUCAAAUGUACCCCUCUCUGGCUGGAGUUGGGUGAAUGAACCUGUGGGUAUCUCACAAAAGAAUGCAUUCAGUAAACAAGAGUUAGUAGAGCAAGUAAAUACUACUGGAGAUCGAAGUGACUACUUGUGGUAUUCGACAAGCAUUAAUGUCAAUGGAAAUGAGCGGUUCCUUCAAAGCAAAUCUCAGACGGUUCUGCAAGUCAACUCUCUUGGACAUGCUCUCCAUGUUUUUGUCAAUGGAAAAAAAGCUGGAAGUGUGAAAGGCAGCUCAGACAACCAUAAAGUCACAUUGGAUAUUCCCAUCCCCCUUAACAAAGGACAAAAUACAAUUGAUCUUUUAAGUCUUACUGUGGGGCUUCAGAACUACGGGGCAUUCUUUGACACAGUAGGAGCUGGAAUCACUGGGCCAGUGCAAUUCAAAGGCUCAGGACACGGUUCUAUACUUGAUCUGUCCUCUCAGCAAUGGAAAUACCAGAUUGGUCUGAAAGGAACAGGACAAGGUGAUGGAGGUUGGACAUCAGGAUCAAAAGUGCCUAAAAAUCAGCCACUGAUCUGGUAUAAGGCAAACUUCGACGCCCCUGCUGGAUCAGACCCUGUUGCAUUAAAAACUACAGGACUUGGCAAAGGUGAGGCCUGGGUGAAUGGACAAAGCAUCGGGCGUUUUUGGCCUAGCAAUAUUGCUCCAAAAGACGGUUGCAAAUAUUGUGACUACAGAGGAAACUUUGAUUCAAACAAAUGCCUCACGAAUUGCGGCCAACCUUCUCAGCUAUAUUACCAUGUUCCGCGUGAAUGGCUAAAACCAAAAGGAAACGUUCUGGUCCUGUUCGAGGAAGAAGGUGGCGAUCCGACACAGAUUUCAUUCGCAACAAGACAGAUUUCCAGCUUAUCAAGGGUGGAAUUGGAGUGCCCUUCUCCCAAUCAGGUCAUUUCUGCAAUCAAAUUUGCUGGCUUUGGGAAUCCAAAAGGAACCUGUGGAAGUUUUAGCCAGGGCGAUUGUAACAGCAACCAGGCUCUAUCCAUUGUACAGAAGGUUUUCGGGCUUAGAGUUGUGGUUCGAAAGAUCGGAAACAUGCACUUCUCUCGUGAUGAUUCGUGGACAAAGGAGUGCGAUGAAUGUGUCAAAGAGGCCAAUGGGAUAAGCAUACAGAUGCCAAAAAAGCCAUCGGAAAUCGGGUUCGAGGCAGGGCGGCACACAGCUUCUCUACGAAGAAAAAUCACAAUCCUGGGUACUAAACUCGACACCCUACAGUCUUCAAUGAAUUCCAAAAAGCCGCUGUUAGAAAAAGAAAUGAAUCGGCGAAAAGACAUGAUUGCUGAUCUUAGGUCAAACGUAAACGAGAUGGCAAACGCAUUAAACAUGACAUCUUUUGUCAACAAGUACAGCUUGCUCGGUCCGGAAACCAAUCCCACUGACGAUGCCCUUAGUUUAACCCAAGGUCUCGACAAUCAGGGCGUUGUCGAAAUCCAGCAACAAAUCAUGAAUGAACAAGAUGAGAGCCUUGGUAAAUUGGAGGAAACGGUUGGGAGCCUAAAACACAUAGCUUUGGCUAUCAAUGAAGAACUUGACCUACACGAAAAACUGCUGGAUGAAUUCCACGAAGAAUUGGAAACGGCAGACGCUAACUUAGGACGAGUUCAGAGGAAGCUUGAGGAGGUGAAAAAGCGAAGCCGGGGCUGUUGCUCAUGUUUGGGUCUACUUGGUUCGUUCUUUCAAUGUACUUAA